UCUAGCUGAACACCGGAAUUGUCUUCGGCCAUUUUCAUCAUUAAAAAGCUGCUAGUGAAGUUGUAGCAGAGAAAUCCCUAAAUCUAAGGAUUAGGAGAUUAAACAAAUUAUCGUCGCAAGGAGAACCUUGCAGGUAUGGCUGACUUCAUCGAAAGCGAGGCUGAAGAAUCAGCGGAGGAAGAGUUUGAAGAGAAAGAUCUUAAGCCCAAAAAAGCACAGAAGUUUUUGGAAGAUGACGAAGAAGAAGAGGAGGAGAACACAGAAGACCAGGAUGAGCAUGGGAACCUCCGAGGCCUGAUUGACGAUGAUGUGGAUGAGGAAGAGGAACAUGCCGGGAGCGGUAGUGCCGGAGCGGCCAGUGACUCAGAGGAAGAAGUUAGACACAGACGCAAAAAACGCAAUUAUGAUGAUUACCUGGACGAUGACGACCUUGACCUUAUUGAGGAGAACUUGGGAGUUAAAGUGAAGAGAAGGAAGAAGAAGUAUGACCGUGUGAGAACAAUGGAGGAUGAUGAGGAAGAGGACGAUGAGAAGGACAUGAUAGCUGAUGAGAUCUUCACCGGAGAUGGUGAUGGUGAUGGAGAGCUGGAGGAGGGAGAGGCUGUGGACAUACCUCUUAAUCGUCAGAUCGAUGACGAAGAGGAGGGCGAAGACGAAGAGUCCGACAUAGAUGACUUCAUUGUAGACGAUGACGGUCAGCCUAUUACCAAGAAGAGAGGCAAGAAGUUCUCCGGAUACACAGACGCAGCCCUACAGGAAGCCCAGGAGAUAUUCGGUGGGGACUUUGACCUUGCUGACUUUGACGCCGACACGUACGAGCAGGGUGAGGAAGAGGAGGAGGACCAGGACGAAGAGGGCUGGGACAGACCCAAGAAGCAGAUCAAGAGGAGGGUGGGGAAAAGAAGCAUCUUCGAGAUCUACGAACCCAGCGAGCUGGAAAGCAGUCACAUGACCGACCAGGAUAACGAGAUUCGCUCGACAGACAUGCCAGAGAGGUUCCAGCUGCGUUCCAUGCCAGUGAAGCCAGCUGAGGACGAUGAGCUGGAGAUGGAAGCAGAGUGGGUCUACAGACAUGCCUUCUCCACCCUCACCAUCUCCAUGCAGGAGAGCACAGACUACCUGGACAGAGGUACCACCACUAACUUCAGCAGGAAAGGGCCCAGUACUAUCGCCAAGAUUAAGGAAGCCCUCAACUUCAUGAGGAACCAGCACUUUGAGGUUCCGUUUAUAGCGUUCUACAGGAAGGAGUAUGUGGAACCGGAGCUCAACAUCAACGACCUGUGGAAGGUGUGGCAGUGGGACGAGAAGUGGACCCAGCUGAAGACCAGGAAACAGAACCUGACCCGGCUCUUCCGCAGGAUGCAGUCCUAUCAGUUUGAGCAGAUCUCUGCCGACCCAGACAAACCCCUGGCAGAUGGCAUCCGGGCUCUGGACACCGGUGACGUGGAGCGGCUGAAAGACGUCCAGUCCAUCGAUGAGCUGAGCGACGUGUACAACCACUUCCUGCUGUACUACGGGAGAGAUAUCCCCAAGAUGCAGAAUGCUCUCAAGGCCAGCAAGAAGAGGCUCAAGAAGAUCAAGGAGAUUUCUGAGGAAGAUGGUGAGGAGGUGGAGGUGGAGGUAGAGGAGGAGGUGGUAGGGCCCAAGGGGCCAGACCUGAAGCUGGCGUCUCGCAGGGACAUGUACAGCAUCUGCCAGAACGCCGGGCUAGACGGCCUGGCCAAGAAGUUCGGUCUGACUCCGGAGCAGUUUGGAGAGAAUCUCCGAGACAGCUACCAGCGCCAUGAGACGGAGCAGUUCCCCGCGGAGCCAGGAGAGCUGGCCAAGGACUACGUCUGCAGUCAGUUCAGCACUCCCGAGGCGGUGCUGGAGGGGACCAGGUACAUGGUGGCCAUGCAGAUUGCCAGGGAGCCUCUGGUCAGGCACGUCCUCCGACAGACCUUCCAGGAGAGGGCCAAGAUCAACAUCAAGCCCACCAAGAAGGGCAAGAAGGAUGUGGACGAGGCCCACUUUGCCUACUCCUUCAAGUACCUGAAGAACAAAGCUGUGAAGGAGCUGAACGGGGAUCAGUUCCUGAAGAUGUGUCUGGCCGAGGAGGAGGGGCUGCUCACCAUCGACAUCUGCAUCGACCUAUUAGGGGUCAAAGGGUAUGGCGACCAGACCUAUUAUGACGAGAUCAAGCAGUUCUACUACAGGGACGAGUUCAGUCACCAGGUCCAGGAGUGGAACCGACAGAGAACCCUGGCCAUAGAGAGAGCCCUCACUCAGUUCCUCUACCCACAGAUGGCCAAGGAGCUCAAGAACAAGCUUGUGGCCGAGGCCAAGGAGAACAUCGUCAAGUCGUGUUGCAGGCGUCUGUAUAACUGGCUGAAGGUGGCUCCCUACAGACCAGACCAGCAGGUGGAGGAGGAUGAUGACCUGAUGGACGAGAGCCAGGGCAAAGGCAUCCGAGUACUGGGAGUGGCCUUCUCCUCCAGCAGAGAUGCGCCGGUGUUCUGCUCCCUGAUCAACGGGGAGGGCGAGGUGGUGGACUUCCUCCGCCUCCCCUACUUCCUGAAGAGGAGGAAUGCCUGGAAGGAGGACGAGAGGGAAAAGAAGCUUCACGACAUUGAAACCCUGAAAAAGUUUCUAACCAGUAAGAAGCCCCAUGUGGUGGCUGUUGCCGGGGAGAAUAGGGACGCCCACAUGGUGAUGGAGGACAUGAAGAGGGCCAUCAGUGAGCUGGAGCAGGAGUCCUCUCUGCCUGCCGUGGGAGUGGAGCUGGUGGACAACGAGCUAGCCAUGCUCUACAUGAACAGCAAGAAGUCUGAGGCGGACUUCAGGGACUACCCCCCUCUGCUGCGCCAGGCCGUGUCGGUGGCCCGGAAGAUCCAGGACCCCCUGGUGGAGUACGCCCAGGUCUGCAGCUCCGACGAGGACAUCCUCUGCCUCAAGAUGCACCCGCAGCAGGACCAGGUGGUGAAAGAGGACCUGUUGAGUGCUCUGUACUGUGAGUUCAUCAACCGGGUCAACGAGGUGGGCGUGGAUGUGAAUAGGGCCAUCUCCCACCCCUACACCCAGAGCCUGGUCCAGUUCAUCUGUGGCCUCGGCAUCAGGAAAGGAUCCCACCUCCUCAAGAUCCUGAAGCAGAACAACACUCGUCUGGAGAACAGGACCCAGCUGGUCACCAUGUGUCACAUGGGCCCCAAGGUCUUCAUCAACUGUGCCGGCUUCAUCAAGAUAGACACGGCCUCACUCGGGGACAGCACCGACUCCUACAUCGAGGUCCUGGACGGCUCGCGCGUCCACCCCGAGACGUACGAGUGGGCUCGCAAGAUGGCGGUGGACGCCCUGGAGUACGACGAGUCGGCGGAGGACGCCAACCCAGCCGGGGCUCUGGAGGAGAUCCUGGAGAACCCGGAGCGCCUCAAAGACCUGGACCUGGACGCCUUCGCCGAGGAGCUGGAGAGACAGGGUUACGGUAACAAGGGCAUCACGCUGUAUGACAUCCGGGCUGAGCUCAGCUGCAGGUAUAAAGACCUGAGGGUUCCCUACAGGCCCCCCAACACUGAGGAGGUCUUCAACCUGCUCACCAAGGAGACGCCUGAGACCUUCUACAUAGGUAAGCUGAUCACCAGCGUGGUGACGGGGAUAGCUCACCGGCGCCCCCAGGGGGAGAGCUAUGACCAGGCCAUCCGUAACGACGCCACCGGCCUGUGGCAGUGCCCCUUCUGCCAGCAGGACAACUUCCCCGAACUCAGCGAGGUGUGGAACCACUUUGACAGUGGCUCGUGUCCAGGGCAGGCUAUUGGUGUGCGGGCCAGGAUGGACAACGGGGUCCAGGGCUUCAUCCCCACCAAGUUCCUCAGCGACAAGGUGGUCAAACACCCAGAGGAGAGGGUCAAGGUGGGGAUGACAGUGCACUGCCGCAUCAUGAAGAUCGACAUUGAGAAGUUCAACGUUGACCUGACCUGCCGCACGUCCGACCUCAUGGACAAGAACAACGAGUGGAAGCUGCCUAAGGACACCUACUACGACUUUGACGCUGAGACGGACGACGCCAAGCAGGAGGAGGAGCUCAAGAAGAAACUGCAGAGAACCACCUACAUCAAGCGUGUGAUCGCCCACCCCUCCUUCCACAACAUCAACUUCAGGCAGGCCGAGAAGAUGAUGGAGUCCAUGGACCAGGGAGACGUGGUGAUCAGACCCAGCAGCAAGGGAGAGAACCACCUCACCGUCACCUGGAAGGUGGCUGAUGGUAUUUACCAGCACGUAGACGUGAGAGAGGAGGGAAAGGAGAACGCCUUCAGUCUGGGACACACACUCUGGAUCAACACUGAGGAGUUUGAAGAUCUCGACGAAAUCACGGCUCGUUACAUCCAGCCAAUGGCAGCGUUCGCUCGCGAUCUCCUUGGACACAAAUACUUCCACGAAUGCUAUGGAGGUGACAGGAAGAAAAUGGAAGAGUUGCUGAUCAGGUCAAAGAAAGAGAAGCCCACAUUCAUCCCCUACUUUGUGUCGGCCUGUAAAGAUCUCCCAGGGAAGUUCAUCCUGGGCUACCAGCCUCGCGGCAAACCCAGGAUAGAGUACGUGACCAUUACCCCUGACGGCUUCCGCUACCGCUCUCAGGUGUUCCCCACGGUUAACGGGCUCUUCCGCUGGUUCAAGGACCACUUCCAGGAGCCCAUACCGGGAGUCACCCCGAGCAGUGGCAGCAGAACACGAACACCUGCGUCUCACAACGCUACGCCAGCCAACAUCAACAUUGCCGACCUGACGCGAGCUGUCAACUCCCUGCCUCGCAACAUGACCUCACAGAUGUUUAGCGCCAUUGCGGCGGUAACAGGCCAGGGCCAGAGCCAGAGCCAGAACCCCAACACCACGCCCGCCCAGUGGGGCUCCAGCCAAUACGGUUACAGCGGCAGCACGGGAGCAGGAGGGGGGGGCAGCUCCUCGGCCUAUCACGUGUUUGCCACGCCCCAGCAGCCGAUGGCCACGCCCAUGAUGACCCCCAGCUUUGCGUACACGCCGAACCAGCAGACCGUGGGCACGCCCCAGUACCCCGGCUCCACCCCUCAGUCCUCGCACGGACACUCGCAGUCGCACUCUCACAGCCACGGCCACCACAGCAGUCACCACGGCCACUCGUCUGGCACGCCCUCCUCCUCCACCUCCAGAGGACGCACACCUCAGCAGCCCAAGUCGGGUAGCAGCACUGCGGUGGACUGGGGCAAGAUGGCCGAACAGUGGCUGCAGGACAAGGAGGCCGAGAGGAAGAAGAGGACCCCCCGGAUGACCCCGCGACCCUCGCCCAGCCCCAUGAUCGAGAGCACGCCCAUGUCCAUCGCCGGAGACGCCACGCCACUGCUGGACGAGAUGGACCGAUAGGACAGGGAGGGGGGGCCGUCCUCCCACCCCACCCCCCCUUACCUCACCCUCAUUUGAACCAUCCGCACAUCACCCACCCUCAUCUUCCCACCCCUGCCUCGCCUUGCCUCAUUCGUCCUGCCAUUCAGCGGGUCCUUCAGACAGGAACCCCAAUAAUCCAGACCGCCGUGUUAUAGCUACUGUGUAUCUAGUAUGGGCCCCCCCCCAGCUACUCCAACACUCGUACCUGCCUCAACUCUCUGUGGUUUCUCUAUUCUCUUAUCCGACUACAUACUGUUUUAUAUAUAAAUGGUGAGGAAACACUGUAUGCCUCUCAGAUUGUCCAGAUAAAGACAAAGCAAUUGAAACGGCUGACAAAUGCAGAUAGGACAUGGACCUACGGCGAGUGCUUGUAUUUGUCAGACAGCCUCCGUUAUUUCUUUUUAAGGAUUCAAUGGGGGCUAGGCUAUACGUUCUUUUUACUUUUUCGUUUUUUUUUAAGAAAAUAAAUAAAUUAGGAGAUGCUAUUGAAAGCGUCUGAUUGGUUGAUGAGUUGUUUUCCCCAGGGUUCUUUGGCAGUCGACAUCUCUCUCUUCACAGACCCCAUAUCCAUUGCCCCCUUGUGAUUGGAGGUGUCGUUGACAAAAGUUGCCAUCAAGUGCUUUGACUAACCAAUCAGGAAGCUGUCUGCAUUUUUGUAUUGCAUCAAAACAAAUAAAGACACAGUUUUCAGUAUGAACCCUAAGCCUGCACUUCUCACAUGUCUGUAAAACCAACACCCACCUCAGGCUCUCUGACUGUAGACUGGCCUCACAAGUCUAUAAUGUUGAGAAUGUGCUGUUGUAAAUAAAGGGCUUCUUCAUUCUCAAGAAUUAGGGUAUUAGUAUUAUUUGAAAGUUGAAACAGUGAUUUGUUGGACUUCUUUGCAAAAGACUUGAAAGAAGUUAGAAGAUUCCUAUGUUCACUUUUAACCUUUGCAAUUAAACUUCUAGUUGGCGUUUUCCAAGUUAAUGUAUUUUGCGGUGUCCAUAUUUCUUCUUUUAUUCUUUAGUAGUUUAUCAAACCAUAACUAGUGAUUUAGCAAAUUUGCUGAAGGUAGUUUUGAUCUUGUCUAUGUCAUUUGUGUUACUUUAGUACCUUAAAAUGUUUGCAUUUUAUCUGCAUUACCUUGUUCCCAGCAGCAUUCUUGGUCAGUGUUUCAGCUCAUGGUAGCUUGGAAGUGUGCCAGUGAAGUGCCCUAUUUUGCUGUCCCAAAGCUCCACCCCAUCCAUGCAAACCCAGGUCACAAAAUGAGCAAGCUCAGGUUUGAAUGAGGUGCUACAGAUAAUGUUGCCAUCCAUUAUUCUAAGGCCAGAUCUGACCAGUAUAGGGAGGGCUAACUCUGGGGAUGUUGUGUGGGUGGACGGUCUUGGCUCUCACCUACUUGUAUGUGUUGCCUGUUGUGCAUGGCAUUGCCAAUGGGUUGGAUUUUGAUACGUUUGCCCGUGUACAGCUGUGGUUAAUUCAGAGCAAUGGGAAACGAGAGGCUGCUGCGUAUGAAAUUGCAAAGUAAAUGCAUUGGUUUCAGUCAGGCACGAAAUUGAAUCGAUUUAAAUACUCAGAUUGUAUUUCUGUGACAUACUGUGCAAUUUAUAUAAGCAGCCCCUGGUGUUGUCGGUUAAGAGAUCAUGGAUGUGAAAUUAUGUCUUGCAUUACACUGCUGUUAACCCUUUCUACCGUAUAUGUGAUCCCUUUAAAAUAAAAGUUCAUUUUGAAGCUU